AUGGCACCCCAGGAAAUCAAUGACAAACCUCAACGGAAACGAGAAAUACCUUCCCCACAAUACUCGCCCUACGGCGAUGGCAGACCCCAGAGCCCAGAGGAACGCACGGCAAUCCUGGCUUGUCGAUUCGGUAAUGAAAUGAGUAUCAGGAGGAAGAACCUCGACCCGGAGUACGGGGAUAGCACGUUGCCGACUUUUACAUCGAUGGGUUUCCAGACGCACGCGGAGGUUCGGUCGGUACGCGGGCUAUACCAAGCCUACGACAUCUUCGUCAAUUCAAGGCACCUCCACGUAAAGCUCAUCAUGAGCAAUGCCAUUGCUCGCGAAAACGAACAGAAUCUGCUCCAGUCUGAGCUGUUGAUAAUCUUGGCGGUGAUGCAUUCGCGGUUGCGGGUCGAAACGAUGUUAGAACACGUCGUUAUGCCAAGUAUCAAGGACUGUCCCAUCGAAGGCAGCGUGUGUUUGACCACGUGCUGCUCCAGCUCAGCCAAGUGCAUGCCCCCCGAUAAGCUGUGCGCGAAGACCGUGUCUCGUAUCUUCAGGCCCGUUGGGGUUGUUGGCGGCGGGGAUGUGGACGAGGUCUCCGCUGCGGCGGCGGCGGCGGGCGCUCAUGACCGUUCCGAGGAGGGGCAUGGGGUUUUCGCUCGCCAGGAGGGCGAUUUCAGUUCCCUGAUUCGUCCUGGAGAUGCUGUUUGUGGUCUGUAUAUCUUGGUACCGUCGUCCACCCGCGCCCCCAAAUGGCCAUAUACAACAGACGAACGCCCGUUCAAAUUCUGGGGCGAUACUGUUGACAACGUCCCGACACCAUAUACUCGAAUCAAGAUGACAAGCGUGUUUCUAUCGGCUUUCGGAUUCCGACGUCUUUGUGUUGUCGGGUCCGAGGCGGCAAAUGACUUCGAGGCCUCGGGACCUGGGUUCCGUGCCCAGGGUAUAAACCCCGACGGUGGCGGAUAUGACUACGGGCCAGGAGGCAUGGCUAUUCGAAGGACGACAUAG